AUGAAGUACGUCCAAUCUUCCGAGCUGUUGGAGCUCCCAGAGGGAGUCUCCGUCCAAAUCAAGUCCAGAAUCAUUACUGUCACCGGUCCAAGAGGUCAGUUGAGUAAGAACUUGAGACACAUCGACGUCACUUUCACCAAGAUCUCCGACAAACAAAUUAAGAUUACUGUCCACAAUGGUGACAGAAAACACGUCGCCACUUUGAGAACCGUCAAGUCCUUGAUUGCCAACCUCGUCAAGGGUGUUACCGUCGGAUUCAAGUACAAGAUGAGAUUCGUGUACGCGCACUUCCCUAUCAACGUUAACGUUGUUAACGAGGACGGCCAGGAAUACGUCGAGAUCAGAAACUUCUUGGGUGAGAAGAGACUUAGAAAGGUCAAGGUCUGGGAAGGAUGCAAGGCCACUAUCUCCACUGCCCAGAAGGACGAGCUGAUUGUUGAGGGUAACUCUUUGGAGAACGUUUCGCAGACAUGCGCAGACAUUCAGCAGAUCUGCAGAGUCAGAAACAAGGAUAUCAGAAAGUUCUUGGACGGUAUUUACGUUUCCGAGAAGGGCCACAUCGUUGAGGAGGCCUAA